AGGAGGGGGGUGGAGGGGGGGGGGUCCCGUCAACUGUCUCGUAGAACAGCUCUUAUCAGAUACAGUCAGACAGGGGGAGGCAGCAGAGCCGGAGAGGGAUGGAGAGAACAUGUGUUCAGCGUUGGUAUCAUGAAGGACCGACUCAGGGAGGACAGACAGACAGAGCCUUCCUCCUCCUCCUCCUCCUCCUCGUCACAGCAAGAGGAGCCUCAAACACCACAGAGCUGCAACAUAAAAGAGGACUGACAUGCACAGGUGGUGCUAGAGAGGAGACGAGGGAGCAGAGAGAGAGAGAGAGACAGAGAGAGAGAGAUACAGAGAGAGAGAGAGGAGGCGGAGCAGGAGACUUCAGAAGGGAAGAGGAGCCGGAGAGCGAUCCCAAAACAGCUGUCCGGCAGGAGUCCCAGUCGACAGGAGGGCGGGCAGCGACACACACACACACACACACACACACACACACAGGCGGCAGCGUUCAGAGAACACCAGCCGUACCCGGGAAGGAUCCAGAUCUCCCCGACUGGAGGAUCUGAGGAAAGUGGCCAUUUGACCUUUCUACGCCGGGCGGGGACAGAACCAGUCCGCUUGGAGUCCCGUUACCUAAUCGAUGCCACAGUUGCUGAGCUUGUUUUCGGAGUCCUGUCUGACCGGCGUGUUCCUGAGAAUGUAACUGGAGCUCCUCCCCGGAGGGAACCGCAACGUCCAGAACUCGAAGAGCAUUUCCGACUUUUCCUCCGCCGCGUCCCUCGAGAUCUCCUCUGCGGUUGCAACCAUGCCGGCGAAAGCGCCCAUAUACCUGAAACCCAACAGCAGGAAGAAGGGAAAGAAAUGUCGCCUCAGAGACAUUCUGUCCCCGGACAUGAUCAGCCCGCCGCUCGGCGACUUCCGGCACACCAUCCACAUCGGCAAGGGCGGAGAGAGAGACGCCUUCGGCGACAUGUCCUUCCUCCAGGGGAAGUACGAGCUCCUGCCUGGGAAGGGAGACGUCCACCCGCAGUACGGCGUCCAGGGUGAGUUUCUGAGAGCCAACAGCACCGGCGAUGCUUCCUUCGCGGAGACGCCCUCUCCGGUGCUCAAGAACGCCAUCUCCCUCCCGACUAUCGGCGGCUGCCAGGCCCUCACCCUGCCCCUGAUCUCCUCUACCGUGUUCCCGACGCUCAUGGGGGGGUCUCCGUUGAACCCCGACAGCCCGGAUGAGGUGGAGAUCCUGCAGAUGGAAGCCCUGCUGCGCUCCAUGGACGUCUUCGGCAGCGAGCCCUCGUCCCCCGCGGCGGACCUGCUGGAGAGCGCCCCCAAGUCCACCUCCGAGGCGGUGGCCAAGGCCAACAAGAUAAACAAGAAGGAGCCGUCGUCCUGUUAUAUCCACGGUCGCGGCAACGGGACCUUCAAAGCCAACGGGAGCCUGAACAGCAACGUGAGCAGGGACAGCUUCGACAGCUUCGUGGGUCAAGGGGACUUCCAGAACAAGAUCUGCAGCGGCAGCAGAGGCCCCGACGGACACUUCAACAGAGACGCCUCCCUCGGCUUCAAGCAGAAGCUCUCAAAGUGCAACGGCGAGUGGGCGGACAGGGACAGCGGGGUGGAGGAGGGCCGCAUCUGUGAUUUUGAGUUUGAGUUCUCCCAGGAGAAGAGCAUGUCGCAGGAUUCCCUCUCCCACAUCACCGGCUCGUUCCUCUCCCUCGAACUCGACCUGGGCCCGUCCAUCCUGGACGACGUGCUCGACAUCAUGGACCGGCCCCCGGCGAGGAGCAGGCCUCGAGCUGCGCCCCGCCCGGAGGACGGGAACUACUAAGCGUACAGCCGUGAGAAAGACUCGGUCCAGAUGGUGUCUGGAUAUAUCAUCCAGAUGAAAACGAUCCACGAGACGGAGCUGCUAAUGUUUUUACGGUCAAAACAUGUCAUCACUAUUCUGGCUUCUCUGGAGUGUUUCCUUCUUUGUGUCGCCGCAUGUUGGAUGCGUGUGCUCUCCAGUCACAGCCGUCCUGCCUUUUGAUUUGACAUGACUGUCAAAACGCUGCGUGAUAGAUUUGUGUUGUUGUUGACUUCCCACCUUACGUAUGUGUGUACGCACAAUAACUUUAAAGGACCGUCGCUAAUUUGACACCGUCUGGAACACACAUUGCAUUUUGUGACUUUAAGUGUGUUUAUCAUGAAUUAUUUCAUCUGUCACAUCAUUAAUUUGCCACCAGUCAUAAAACAGAACACUAUGCAUAUUUGUGUGUUUGAAAAAAAACUGUAACACAAAUAAAUUUCAUUUUGUCCAACA